CUGCGCGGGGCCAUGAGCGCGGCACGGGGCCGGUGGGCUCGCUCCCUGAGCUCGGCGCUGGCCCUGGGGGCCACCGACACCAUCUUCGCUCUGUGCUCGGGCCGGGGUCCGUGCGGGGUGGCCGUGAUCCGGACCAGCGGCCCCGGCAGCCGGGGGGUCCUGCAGAGCCUCACUGGGACCCCCAAACUGCCCCCGCCCCGAGUCCUGGCCCUGCGGCGCAUCCGGGACCCCCAAACCGCCGAGAGCCUGGACCGCGGGCUGGUGGUGUGGUUCCCAGGGCCCCGCAGCUUCACGGGCGAGGAUUGCGCAGAGCUGCACCUGCACGGGGGCACGGCCGUGGUCAGCGGGGUGCUGCGGGCGCUGGGCCGGCUGCCGGGGCUGCGUCCGGCCGAGCGUGGCGAGUUCACUCUCCGCGCGUUCCGCCGGGGCAAGCUGGACCUGACGGGGGCCGAGGGCGUGCGGGACCUGAUCGGGGCCGAGACGGCGGCGCAGCGGCGCCAGGCCCUGCGGCAAGCGGAGGGCGAGCUGGGCCAGCUGCUGCAGCGCUGGAGCCGCACCCUCACUCAGGCGCUCGCCCACCUCGAGGCCUUCAUCGAUUUUGGCGAGGAUGAGGAUGUGGAGGAAGAGGUUUUGUCCCGAGUGUCCGUGUCCGUGCGGGAGCUGGAGCGGGAGAUCCGGGCUCACCUGCGGGACGGGCGCCGGGGGGAGCGGCUCCGGGCCGGGGUCCGGGCGGUCAUCGCCGGCCCCCCGAACGUGGGCAAGAGCAGCCUGUUCAACCUGCUCUGCCAGCGGCCGGCUGCCAUCGUGUCCCCUCACGCGGGCACCACUCGGGACGUGCUGGAGGUGCCGCUGGACAUCGGGGGGUACCCGCUGGUGCUCGGCGACACCGCGGGGCUGCGACGCGCCGCCGACCCCGUGGAGCGCGAAGGCGUCACCCGAGCGCGGGCCCGCUUGGGCCAGGCCGAUCUGGUGCUGGCGGUGCUGGAUGUGACGGCGGUGGCUCCGGCCGCGCUGGCCGAGGCGCUGGCCACCCUGGAGCUGCCGCCGGGAGUGCCCUGCCUGCUGGUGCUCAACAAGGCUGACCUGCUCCGGGGGUCCCCGAGUGCCCCCCGGGGGUCCCCGAGUGUCCCCCGCUGUCCCCAGGGUCCCCCCGGGGUCCCCACCGCCCUCCUGUCCUGCAAGACGGGCCAGGGGCUGCAGGAGCUGCUGGAGCUGCUGGGGAAACAGCUGGAGCAGCUGCACACCGGUGACACCGGUGACAUCGGGGACGUGGCGCUGGCAGCGGAGCAGCUGCGGCUGGCGCGGCGGGAGCUGGGCAGGAUCACCGGGCACGUGGGAGCCGAGGAUGUCCUGGAGAUCAUUUUUCGGGAUUUCUGCGUCGGGAAGUGACGGUGACGCUUU